AGAACCCUCAGUAGGAAAACAGCUGUGUCGGGGACUCUACGUUCCCGGUUGUAAUAUUGUGUACGAUUGUGACUAGUGAGUGAAGCAUUGUGAUUGUGUUUGUGACAUAAGAAUGUUUCUUAGGUGACGAGUUGAGACGAAAUGUAAGAGCGUUCUAGUGUUGUGAUGGAGUUUGAUUUUUGUGUUUAUUUUUGUGUGUGACUUUGAAAUAAAGUUGAAACGAUGGGGACAUUGAAUUGUGAAGUAUUUAUUGUUACUGCUUUGUUACUGGGAUGGAUUGGUGAUUCCAUAGCCCUUCGUGAUGUGGAGCUGAUAGCACCUUCCGCAGUGAAACUUGGCGAUACCGUUCUCUUAGGUUGUAAAUGGACAUUAGAAGGAAACGAGACGCUCUAUAGUGUCAAAUGGUACCGGGGACGCAAAGAGUUUUUCAGCUAUUUACCCAAAGAGUACCCGUUCACGAGGAUCUUCGCUCAACCUGGGAUUGAUGUUGAUGUAUCUCGCUCGACGUCGCAGCAGGUUGUGUUACGUGGAGCCACACGAGCGCUAGCUGGUCGGUUUCGUUGCGAGGUCUCGGCUGACGCGCCAUCUUUCCACACCCAAGUGCGAUCAGCUUUCAUACACGUUGUUGAAUUGCCUCCUGAGAAACCAACUAUAAAAGCAGAGAAGGGUUGGUAUGCUUCAGGCGAUUCUCUUCGUGCACAAUGUGUCUCACCCCCCGCUGACCCUCCCGCCAAUCUUACCUGGUUGUUGAAUGGAAAAGAUAUUCAAGGGAAGCCAAUGAUCCAACAAAGGAUAUUGCCGAGCCCGGCGGUGUCUAUACCUCUGAUAAGUCGUACAACCUCCCCUCCAGAUGAGAAUACGAAUAUCAUAUUUAGUCCCUGGAAGGCUUUUGGACCCUUCGUGGACACCAUGCAGGAUGGUGAUCUACAACCCAGUCAAGAUACAGUUCUACUUCCAGCCUCAAAAACACACGACAGUCUGGAUGAAGAUGUAACGGACCCUACACCUACUAGAGAAACUACGAAUAAGGUUGCAUCAGUCAGCCAACUAUCAUUUCUCGUACGACCGGACAGCUUCGAACGUGGUCAGCUUCGUCUAACGUGUGUCUCUACAGUCCACUCCGUGUACAGUGAGAGAGCAGAGCUGGUGAUCAACGAGGAGCGACCGCAGAUUGCAUCUGUUCUUGGUACAAGAGAUAGCUCCUGUGGAAAUGCAGCAUCGCGUUUACUUAUUUCGAUCUGCAGCUUGGUCGCUACAUUUGAAAUUAUGAUCAGGGUUCUGCGAUGAUGCCUAGCGUUGAUAUUAAUUAUUUGUACUGUACAUAAUAUCUAGAUGAGAAUGUAGUGUGUAUUUAUUAAAACUUAGUUUAUGAUGAAACUAAUUACCUAAGUCUGUUAACAUUCUCUCUAUAGCUGGUCUAUGAUCAAUAUUAUGGUGCCUGACUUACCUAUGUUGUUGACACUGUUAUUGGAAUGUGACGUACGAUUGAAACAACCUUAAAUAAAAUUAAAACGGAUAGUAUUUAUAGAUAUAAUGUUAAAUCUACAUUUUCUUCCCUACCAGCAAUACAAUCAAAAAUAAUAGUGGCAAGCUUCAAGGGGAUAUCUAGUGUUACUAAUGUCGCACAAAUUGUUAUUCGCAAAUAGUUGGGUUGUACCUAUUAACAUUAUAUCCGUAAAUACUUUGUGAUCGUUUAAGUUCUAUCGAAAAUAAAUCUAGUAUAGCAAAUCAAAUUAUUUAUAAUUGAAUUCAAAUUCGUAGACAUAAUUUUUGUAGGACGUGUGCAUGAGUAUAUAUACACGUCGUUCAUUUGUCAUGUGCAAGGCACAGACCGCAUUAUGAAAAAUAUUAUUUUUCAUUAGUUCUCUUUUAAAAUUCUUUCAUUUCUCCUACAUAUGCUUAACGAGUCAACUCUUAAUAAUAAAAAUAGCUAAUUUUCUCAAUGUGUCAAUCAUGUGUAUGUAACCGUGCGGUUAUACCUAUAUAAUGCUGCAUAAGGCUCAAAAUAUAUUAAAUGCAUAUUGUAUUAUAUUGAUGAGUGAAUAGCAAUGAACACAAUAUUAUGUUUUUAAUUUUAGUAUUAUGUAUUAUUCAUUAAAAUAAUGGUGUUAUUAAUUAAUCUUAUAUAUUGAAUUAUAUAUUCUAAAAUACUAAUAUGUAAUGUUCAUUUGUAUUGAGACAAAUCAUUAUUUGUAUGUUUAAUUUUAAAGAUGAGAUAUAAUUAUUUUUAAAUUGUUUCUUUUUAAGAAAUAAUCAAGGAAGAAGGCUAAUUGGAAAUCGAUUUUUGGAUGUAUAUGAUUAUUGGAAAAACCGUAUUCUAACUUACCUACAAGUUACAAAAUAUUAUGGGUAUGAAGUAUGUGUAUUGUGCAUGCAAUGCGAUGAAUUUAUCCGUUGUACACCAUUUGUGAGUCUAAAUUCUAUUAUAUCAGAUUAGUCUAAAUUAUCUUGGAGCAUAACAGUACCAAAAUUUGGUGAUUAAACCUAUAUUAUAUCGAAGAGAUAAUUGCAAGGACUUUAAGGUUGAAAAAAUAAUAAAAAAUAUUUUAAAGAACGACAAACAUUACACAUAAUUAUAAAGAGGCUGUGUUUAUUAAACUGUAUAUUUAGGUUAGUAGUAUGUUAUAUUUAUGUAAGUAAUAAAGCAUUAAAUUUAUUUAAUUUUAUUGUUAGAUUUGUUUUUCAUGAUAGCUUAUUCUUUCAAAACAUGACAUCUAACUUGACAUGAAAUAAAAAAUUAAGUAACAUGUUCGUUUAAAAGUGGGGCUGGCGUUUUAUGAUUAUAAAAUAUUGUGGUUUUUUUGUGCCAAGAACGAGACGGAGAAGACACACAUACUUACAGAGAUGUAGAUGUAGAGAGAGAAGAUGGCUCUUCUAGAAAUUUCAUUAUUUUUGACGGAAAUAUCUUUAAACAAAUAAACUUACUGGUCACCUGAUGUUAAGUCAUCACCGCUGCCCGAGUUCUCUUGUAACACCAGAGGAUUCACAGGAGUGUUGCCGACCUUUCAGACAGGUGUACGUGCUGUUUUUGAAGAUACCCGUGUCGUAUCAUCCUGGAAACAGCGCACAAGGAAGCUCAUUUCAGAGCUUUAUUGUAUGAGGAAGAGUUUCUUGAAAAUAAACCGCACUGAAUGCCACACUUCCAGUUGGUGGGGACGAUAUCCUCAAUAUCCAAGUGUUGUUAGUACAUUCCAGCCUCACUCAUGAAUUUCUCUAAUAGUCUUAGAUGAAAUAAACGGCAGUGCAUUCCAAUGAUAUAAUUAGCGGGAACAAUUACCUGCCAUUAAGUCACUACGUUCAUCCAAUAAGUGUUUGAUUUAAAAAAUAUUUUAAAUUAUUUUAUGCAACAAAAGCACACAUUUUUCAAAACUAAAUAAAAGGUCACAUUAUAUCGCAUAAUAUGAAAAUCUAGUUCAAAUUAUUUACGUUCUUCACUAUUUGGUACAGAAUCUAUUUGAAAAUACAACGAAAUGGAAUUAUGUAUAUUAUUAUGAUAUAUUAUUUUAAGUAAGUUUUCUAUAAUUUAACAUUCAAUAAAAAUAUGACUUAAAAUAAAUACGCUAUUAUAACAUUUUCUGUAAAUAAUUAUGUUAUUGUAAUGUAAUAUAUUAUGUAGUGUUUAAAUAAAAACUAAAUACCGUAGCUGAGGUUGUAAUUAUUUUAAAUACCUAUUUUAAUAGAGCUCGAGAGAGACGAGACGAGCAUGACGUUCAGCGUAUACGCCCUGCCCAUUACAUUAUGUACUGCCGCUCAGGAUUCUUGAAAAACCCGAAAAUUCUGAGCGGCACAAUAAUUGUGCUCGUCACCUUGAGACAUAAGAUGUUAAGUCUCAUUUGCCCAGUAAUUUCACUAGCUACGGCGCUCUUCAGACCGAAACACAAUAAUUGUUACACAUUACUGCUUCACGGCAGAAAUAGGCGCCUUUGUGGUACCCAUAACCUAGCGGGCAUCCUGUGCAAAGGAGGACUCGUAAGCUAGGUAGAGCUGGGCGAAGCUGUGCAAAUCUAGUAGCCCAUGUAUAUCAGAGUACCCCAUGUAAAAUAAGUGAAGUUAAUUUUGAUCCAAUUAAUAAAUGCUUCGUAAUUUAAUUUAUUCUGGUGUUUUAUUACGCCAUAUUAAUAUGCAGAACUAGUAUAGACUAGGCCAAACUAGUUUAUCCUGAAGUGUCCUUAUUAAUUUAAGGCUCCACUAGUUCAGCCUGGGCUAAACGGGUUUGUUCUAAGGAAUGUUGGAAAAACUAGUUUAACCUAGUCUGUACCGGUUUAUCCCAUCGCCUACAGGAUCAACUGUUAGUAUAUUACCGACCAUAGACUUUGAAUAUACUAGCGUAUAGACGAUCUGACAGCCCGAUAAUAAGUAACCAAUUUCGAUUUGUUAAUGUAUGAGUUAGCUAGUGGUUUAAUAUUCAAAAUAGCCAACCAUUCCUGAGGCCAUGUCUGCCAACAUCACCUACCGUAACAAUAGAUUCGCUUACCUUUUCUAUCUUGCCGUAUCUCCGUUACAAAUGUUCUCUCUCGCACGCUUUUGUUUAUUCGCUAUAUUAUAUUGUAGGUCUAUGGUACUGACACAUUGCUAGUAGCAAGAUACUAUUAAUAAGCAUUGCUAGUAAUGAGCAUGCUUAAUUCGGGCAUGCUUUAGAAUGAAAUGUUUUUCAAGCAUGCUUACUUCCUACCUGAGGCACGGGUGGAAGAGUGGGUGCUCCGGGCGCGUCUUCACAGGUUUGCUUAUAAGAUAAUUGAUUCGCUCGAUGCAAGCAACUGCUAACAGCUGCAGUGCAUGUUUAAAAACCAUGUUCUCGUGGAAG